AUGUCGAAGAUCUUCACCCAGAGCGAUGUGGCUGCGCACAGCAAGCCCGAUUCCCUGUGGAUCGUGAUUGACGGCGAUGUCUAUGACCUCACCAAGUUCCAGGAUGAGCAUCCAGGUGGCAAAAAGAUCCUCCAGAAGGUUGCCGGCAAGGAUGCCUCUAAACAGUUCUGGAAGUACCACAAUGAGGCCAUCCUCAAGAAGUAUCAAAAGCAGCUGCAGAUCGGCUCCCUAGAUACCAAGCCCAAGGCUGAGGAGCCUCCGGCGCCUGCCCCUGCGCCCAAGAAGGAGGCCCCCAAGCCCAAGGCCGCUGCUGCCCCUGCGCAUGGCGAGGAGGCUGAAGCCCUCGACCCCUUCGGUAGCCUCAUCCCCUUCUCCGAUCCCAGCUGGUACCAGGGUUAUCACUCCCCGUACUACAACGAGACUCAUGCCGCUCUUCGUGCUGAGGUUCGCGAGUGGAUCGAGAAGGAGAUCGAGCCCUUCGUCACCGAAUGGGACGAGAAGAAGCAGGUCCCUCCCGAGAUCUACAAGGAGAUGGGUCGCCGCGGCUACCUGGCCGGCUUGUUGGGCACCAAGUACCAGAAGGACUAUGUGAAGAACCACGUGAAGUCCGUCCCGCCGGAGCAGUGGGACCUCUUCCACGAGCUGGUGCUCACGGAUGAGCUCAGCCGUACCGGCUCUGGUGGUUUCGUCUGGAACGUCAUUGGUGGUUUCGGCAUUGGCUGCCCGCCGUUGGUCAAGUUCGGCAAGAAGUCGCUGGUUGACCGCAUCCUCCCCGGCAUUCUGAGCGGCGAGAAGCGCAUCUGCCUUGCCAUCACCGAGCCUGACGCCGGCAGUGAUGUCGCCAACAUUACCUGCGAGGCCAAGCUGAGCGAGGAUGGCAAGUACUACAUCGUCAACGGCGAGAAGAAGUGGAUCACCAACGGUAUCUGGUGCGACUACUUCACCACCGCUGUGCGCACUGGCGGCCCUGGCAUGGAUGGUGUCUCGUUGCUUCUCAUUGAGCGCGACUUCGGUGGUGUGUCCACCAGGCGUAUGGACUGCCAGGGUGUCUGGUCUUCCGGUACCACCUACAUCACCUUCGAGGACGUCAAGGUCCCUGUCGAGAACCUGAUCGGCAAGGAAAACAAGGGCUUCCGCGUCAUCAUGACCAACUUCAACCACGAGCGCAUCGGCAUCAUCAUCCAGUGCCUGCGCUUCUCGCGCGUCUGCUUCGAGGAAGCCGUCAAGUAUGCCAACAAGCGCCGCACCUUUGGCAAGAAGCUCAUCGACCAUCCUGUCAUCCGCCUCAAGCUCGCUCACAUGGCUCGCCAGAUCGAGGCUAGCUACAACUGGUUGGAGAACAUCAUCUACCAGUGCCAGAAGAUGGGCGAGACCGAGGCCAUGCUCCGCCUGGGCGGUGCCAUUGCCGGCCUCAAGGCCCAGGCCACUGUCACCUUUGAGUUCUGCGCCCGCGAGGCCUCGCAGAUCUUUGGUGGUCUGUCGUACUCGCGCGGCGGCCAGGGCGGCAAGAUUGAGCGCCUGUACCGUGACGUGCGCGCCUAUGCUAUCCCUGGUGGUAGCGAGGAGAUCAUGCUGGAUCUCAGCAUAAGGCAGAGCAUGCGCGUGCAUAAGAUGAUUGGCAUGAAACUUUAG